UUUUUUUUUAUUGUGAUAAUGACUAACAAAUGUGUUUCAGAAGGAUGUUUACCUGUUAAUGGAAAAAGUCUAGAAGAAAUUACAAGAGAAGCAUUAGAAGAAUCAAAAGCUGCUUUAAAAAACCCAUAUAUAUUUCAGAAACCAAUAACAAAUGUUGCUGUAAUUGGUGCUGGUCCUUCAGGGUUAUGUUCAGCAAGGCAUUUAAAAGAUUUAGGUUUUAAUGUUAGAGUAUUUGAAAGAAAUUCUACAGUAGGUGGUCUUUGGAUUUACUCCCAGAGAGCGCCACCUAAGCCUAAGAUUCCUAGCUCUCGUAUUACACGAGAGACUGAGAAAGAAGCUUUGGAGCUAACGUCAAAAGAAGUUCAAAAAAGACUUUAUGAAAUGACUCCUGAAGUGAAAGAUAGGUUAUUAAAUAAAUGUCCACCCUCUGCAUGCUAUAGAGACCUUUAUACUAAUACUGCUACUGAUCUCUCCGGCUUUCCUGAUUUCCCUUUUCCAGAGGGUCUACCUAGAUUUUGCCCACAUCAUGACGUUUUACACUAUAUUCAAGACUAUGCUGCUAAAUUUGAUCUUUUAUCGUUAAUUGAGUUUGAUACAAGUGUGGAUCUUGUUAGAAAACAUCCUGAAGACGAUCAAACUUGGGAGUUAACACUUUGCAAAUAUGAGGUUUAUGAAAGUGGUAUGGUUCGAGAGACUCGAUGGAAAGAAACAUUUGAUGCAGUUGUUAUUGCAAAUGGUUGCUAUCAAGAUCCUUUUGUACCUGAUUUUAAGCACCUUACAGAGUGGAAUAAACUUUUCCCUUCUAAAAUAUCUCACUCAAAGCAAUUUAGACAGCCUGAGGAUUUUAAAGAUAAAAAUGUUUUAGUUAUUGGUGGUAGUAUCUCCGCUAUAGACAUUGUUAGGUCUCUUGAAGGAUUUGCAAAAACAAUAACAAUGACCCUUAGGGGACCCUUUGAAUCGCUUGUACCUAUUCUUAAUGUGAUACGUUCCAAAAUUCCAAAAUCAGUUAUUAUUAAGCCCAAUAUAGCCUCAUUCUCAAAUGAAAACGAUAAAGUAGACGGCACUAUAGUAUUUGAAGAUGGCACAGCUUUGGAUAAUAUCGAUCAUAUCAUUUUUUGUACAGGUUUUAUGGAUCGUAUGCCAUUUCUCGGAGAUUUAGUUAUCGAAAAAGGUCAGCUAGAAGAAGCAAAUGUAUUUACUACACCUCGACCUAUUUAUGAUGAUGAUGUACCUGAUAGUCAUGUGGUUAAGGGACCCAAAGUCCCCUUGAAUGUCUACCGUGAAAUCUUCUUAAUGUCAGACCCUACUUUAACCUUUGUAGGUAUAUCUCCUUAUUUCGUUACAUGGUCUCAUUUUGAUACACAAGCGCAAGCUGUUGCGCGGGUUUGGUCAGGUCAUUCCUAUCUGCCUAACAAGGAAUUGAUGCAAAAGUUUACAUCUGAACAUAAUUCAGGUUUAAACCCUUAUGAACUAUUCAAUAUUGAUAGAAGAAGACGAGAGCCAUAUAUUGUGUGGUUAAAUUAUCACGAAGAAGAGAUUCAAACAGAUGAUACCGCAAGACUGCCAAAACUUGAAAAUUAUAGGGAAGAUUAUGAAGAAGAAUAUCAAAAAAUAGCAGAAAUAUGGGGGAAUAUAUCAGAUGAAAACUUCAAAAGAGCCAGAGCAUAUAUUAAUGAGCAUUAUUUAUAAUAAUUGUAUAAGAGGAUGUGAUUCAGUUUCUUUCUUUUUUUUUUAUAUGAUGAAUAUGUGUAUACAGAUCUCAAUUGUAUUAUGUAAUUGAUAAUCGUAUUGAAAAGCGG